UUCAAGGAGAACGCAAAGCGCCAGUUACGAAAAUGGCCGUAACGGGCGUCCUUACGGAUAUUUUGCCUCUUUUAGACAUGCCAGCUUAUGGCAACUACAAAUCAGCAUUGGAAAAAACGAUAACUUGUGUAUUAAAUUAUUGCAAAAGUGGGGCCUGUGCUGAGCAUUUAAGAAUGUUCUUCUUAAACGAACAUAUCAACCAAUUAUUUGUCCUCGCUAUAAAAGACUGUAGUAUUACAGACAACCCUUCCUACCCAAAGAUACCUGUGCUUCUAACUCCUCCACCAUCACCUGGCAUUCGUUCAUUGUUAUGCUCCCCAUGUGGACAGUUCUUAGCCCUGAUAUCUGAAACUUGUGUGUAUGUUAUGGAUGCACAAUUCAGCUCGAAAGAAUUUUGUCAGGAUCAAAUUGUUCGUGCAAUAUACUGUGCCAUUGAUCUUCGAGAUCGUUCCUCCAAAUCUAAAUUGAACGAUGUUAUAAUAAAGGUGCAAUGGCAUCCAAAAUCUAACAGAACAUUGGUUAUUGUAACUGAAAAUUCUCUAAUAUAUUAUAUUCAUUGUGUCAAUUCAUCAAAAAAUCAAAGCAUCCGAUUUAACUUAUGGCUCGAAGCAGAUCUCUCACUAUUUACUCAUAGCGCUCUCGAUGCUACUUACCAAGAUAUGGAUAACUCGGAUGAGAGUUCUUGCAAUGAAACCGAUGAUAACAGUUCAUCACUGUCUAACAGGAGAAUGAAUCUCAGUUUCGCUUUAGGCAGCAAGUGUGUUGACUUCGAUUUCGGUUCCCCAUUAUUUACAUCAAAACGUGGUUUGUCGGAAGCUCAGUUACAAGAUUGUUGUUUGUUUCUUCUUUAUGAAACAGGUGACGUUAUUCAAGUGUGUGGAUGCUUAUCAGUUCGUAAAGUGAAUCAGCUAAAAUGUAGUGUUUUGCACAUCUUGCCACCGUCAAUUGAUAAUUAUGGAGACGAAUUCUGUGCCAUUCAUUGUAUACGUCCUGUUGAUAUUACAGAGGUGUUUUCUUUUGAAAAACCUCCUGAUAUAUUAGUGUUAGCUGAUAAAACUGGUCGUUUGCAUAAUGGUAUUGUUCUGCGAACUAAUUUACCUGGACAAAAUAGAAACAAAAAUCAAAUGAUCAACCCUUCCGUUUUACUCUGCCUCAUUGAUAUUGUGGAUCUUGAUCUAAUAUCUAGUAAUAAAGCAGUAGUUUAUCAACGAAAUAAAUUAUCUAAUGAAGUUAAUAAUAUGCAACAAUAUCAUUCAAACAAUAGUAUACUCCAUUCAUCAAAUUAUUUUGAAUACAAUCAUUCUGACUUUCCAUCAAUAUCAUUAGAACCGGCUAAUUUAAACUUUUUAAAUAAUAUUGAAUACAGCAGUUAUUCGACAGAUGGUACAGAUUUUGUAAAAAAUAGAAUUUUUGGCAUGAAAUAUUCACAUCAAGGUUAUUAUGUCAUUCAUCAUAUGGGUAUUCAUCUUGUUAGCUUACCAUGGAUUGAUAAUCUUUCAUUAUGGUGUAGUGAAUUCAAUAAUCAAUUAUUGGAUGAUUCUAACAAGUCUACAAUUGAAGGGAUUCGAGAUUGGCAGUCAUGUGUGAAACAUCUUGCCUGUGGUCAAAUUACUGUCUCCACUCCUGAUGGAAUUAAUGACGAUGUGGAAGGAAAGUUUAGACUAGCUGGAUUCAUCGAAUUGUCAAGUAACGUUUUAUUGACAAGUCAACCAAAAUCCAAAACUACAACUGAUUCUCGAUCAACUAAAGGUGUCACACUUAUGUUUAUUCGUGCACCUAUUCAACCAAUUAAUUCAACUGUUAGUGCAAUUGAUUAUUCAUCUCUAAUUCACUUCAUCAAUCUAACACGGAAACCUGAAACUUAUAUGAUGAAACAAGAACAUUAUACUGGGUCAGAUUCAAAAACUACUAACCAGCAUGAUUCCUCUAAUUCAACUCUCCGUUCACAUUUUACAUCUCAAAUAAAACAAAUUCUGUCGGAAGAUGAUUCACAUUUUCCAUUAAUAACAGGAUUGAACUUACAAGAUAAUCUUACUCAGCAACAGUUAGUUCAGUUUUUUAUUAAGGUUUCCGACAUACUGCGCAAAGGACCUCUAGAUCGUUUAAUGAAAGCCCGCUCAAUUAUUGAGCAUCAUUCUAGACGACUGCAAGAUAUUAUUUCAGCUCAAAAUUCCGAAGCGAUAAAGCUAACGUCCGAACGUCAAACUUUACAGUCUAAAGCUGAGGAAUUAGCAAAACGUCAGUCUGUAGUCACCGAGCGUCAGAGUACAUUAGAUAAACGUUUGGCCAACUUAACAAGUCGUUUAGCCGCUUUAGGCGAAGGUCCUACCAAAGCUGAAAUCGCUAUGCAUAGUGAAGUUAUCGCAAUCCGUGAUCGCCUGCACAAAGGCCUAAGGCAAUGGUUGGCAAAUCUUCAAAAUCGUCGUGACAAAUUGGAAAGACAAAUAUUGUUGCGUAAAAAAACAGACAAGUCGUCUGUUCGUAACUCCCUUCCUGGCCCUUCUAAAACUGCCGAAAAUGUUGAAGAGAAUCAGUGGCAGACAGUAUCAGAAGAACUUCGCAAGAAAACUUUAGAAAUCAAAAUGUUAAUUAACGCAGUUAAAACGCUUAACACAAAGACUUUAACUGCCACUUAGCAUCUUAAUCUUCCAUCCGGUACAUCAGAGUAAAAUAUUGCCAAACCCACUUAUUAAGACCGUUAUUUUAUAUAUAUCUGUAAAUUAACUUUUUCGAAUAAAUUAUCUAAGUUC